AUGACACUUGAACAGCUGGAAGCAAACCAAGUCUCGAUGAGAACAGACAUUGACUCCAUGCAGGCAAAGAUGGAUCGCUUGCUGGAAACCAUGUUACUCUUGGCCCAAAAGGAGAAGGAUGUUGAGACUAACGCUGAAGCUAGGAAGGUUGCUGCCCAAUUUGGAUCGCCAUCCCUUAGCAUCCCUGGAGUAACUGACCUUGAUGGUAACCCCAAUCAGCCUAGAGGAGGACCCAUUCCCAUUCCUGUUCCCAUGAAGGAAACAGAAAAUGUGGGAAGUGAAACAAGUUCAUACAGAGAAGAACAUAAUUUCUCCGGUCCAUUGUACUUCCAAACUGAUUUAACAACGUGGGUUGCUGAUGUCAAACAAGUAACAUCAAUUCCAUUAGUAAUUUUUGAGAAGCCGUUGUUGAAUAUGACCUUUGCAGACCUCUUAUCUGCAAUUUCGAAUUUCGAUAGAGGUACCCUCUCGGUUGAAGGAAAGUUUGGACCUGUUUAUAGAAGCUGUCUACCUGGAAAUAUCCAUGUAGCAGUCAAAGGUUUGGUUGUUGGUUCUACAGUAACAGAUGAAGAAGCCGCAAGAAAGCUUGAGUUUCUCGGUAAAAUCAAGCACCCUAAUCUAGUUCCUUUAACCGGUUAUUGUUUAGCCGGUGAUCAAAGGAUUGCCAUAUAUGAUUACAUGGAGAAUGGAAACUUGCAAAAUCUUCUCUAUGAUUUGCCGCUUGGGGUUCAAAGCACUGAUGAUUGCAACACCGACACACAGAAAGAAGCUACUGACAGUAAUGGAAUUCAGAAUGUUGGUUCUGAAGGAUUACUCACAACUUGGAGAUUUCGGCACAAAAUCGCGCUUGGAACUGCAAGGGCGUUGGCAUUUCUGCAUCACGGUUUGUUCUCCUCCAAUAACUCAUAA